UGUUCCAUUUAGAGGUGGUUGUAUCAGAUUCUUCCUUACCCCUACCAUAACAUUCGAGGCUGCAAGAUCAUUUUGUAUGAGCUUUAAGACUAAAGACAAUAAACUGGGAGAUCUUAUCGAGAUUCGAUCACUUGAAGAGAAUGCUGAAGUUGUUUAUCUUGCCCCUGAUAAUGGGCAAAGAUAUUACAUUGGUGUGACGGACUUAGAAGAGGAGGGUGUUUUUCGCCUGAAUGGAGACACAAAUCCAGCGCCAUUUCUUAACUUUCCACCUGGCUUUCCUCAAGAUUUGAUAACUGAAGAACAAAGAGACUGUGUUGUCUUAGCAACGCAUCCGGAUACCACUUUUUCACUAUGGUACACAGUGCCUUGCACAAACAGUUGGGCUUUUAUAUGUGAGUGUGAAGGUCCGUGCUUUCAGUCCACCGUGGCUGUUUAAAUGAAAAACUAUAGACUUUCGAAUAAGUCACACCGUAGACGAGAAUCAAGCUGUAAUUUAAUUAGACUGAUAUAUGAUCUUGAAGUUUUCAAUCACGCCGUGACAUUAUA